GCGCGGAGUGCCUCCCGCUACCCGCUGGUGCUGCGGGUCCCCGAGGGGUGACACCGUGACACGGUGACAGGGCGGUGACAAGGCGACAGAGCGACCUCUCCGGCGCUGCCUCCUCGCUGGGAGCGAGCGCAGCCCCUCUGCUCCUGCUUUCCCGCAGCUCCCGCUUCCCUCCUCGCCGCCCUUCCUGCCUCGGGGGUCGCCCGCGAUCGCAAAAUGGCCGACGGGCGGGACGACGCCGCGGACCAGCUGAAGCAGUGGAAGAGCCACCGGGGCUCGCAGAAACCAGAUGUCUUGACCACUAGUGCUGGGAACCCCAUAGCGGAUAAGCUGAAUAUUCUGACGGUGGGGCCACGUGGACCUCUUCUUGUCCAAGAUGUUGUUUUCACUGAUGAGAUGGCUCAUUUUGACAGAGAGAGGAUUCCUGAAAGAGUUGUGCAUGCAAAAGGGGCAGGAGCCUUUGGCUAUUUUGAAGUCACUCAUGAUAUCACCCAGUAUUGCAAGGCAAAAGUGUUUGAGCACGUUGGGAAAAGAACUCCUCUUGCUAUUCGAUUCUCCACUGUUGCUGGAGAAGCUGGGUCAGCUGAUACAGUUCGUGACCCUCGAGGCUUUGCAAUGAAAUUCUACACAGAAGAUGGGAAUUGGGAUCUUGUGGGAAAUAAUACUCCCAUCUUCUUUAUUCGGGAUGCAAUCCUGUUUCCAUCCUUUAUCCAUAGCCAAAAGAGGAACCCUCAGACUCAUUUGAAGGAUCCAGACAUGGUGUGGGACUUCUGGAGUCUUCGCCCUGAGUCUUUGCAUCAAGUGUCUUUCCUGUUCAGUGAUCGUGGAAUUCCCGAUGGUUAUCGCCACAUGAAUGGAUAUGGAUCACAUACUUUUAAACUGGUUAAUGCUGAGGGAAGAGCAGUUUAUUGCAAAUUCCAUGCCAAGACUGACCAGGGCAUCAAAAACCUCUCUGUAGAAGAAGCAGGAAGACUGGCUUCUACUGAUCCUGACUAUGCCAUACGUGAUCUUUACAACGCCAUUGCCAAGGGGGACUAUCCCUCAUGGUCUUUCUACAUUCAAGUUAUGACCUUUGAAGAAGCAGAGAGGUUUCCAUUUAAUCCUUUUGAUGUAACUAAGGUUUGGCCACAUGGUGACUACCCUCUCCAACCUGUGGGGAAGCUGGUCUUGAACAGGAAUCCUGUAAACUACUUUGCAGAGGUGGAACAGAUGGCAUAUGAUCCAAGCAACAUGCCACCUGGGAUUGAACCUAGCCCUGAUAAAAUGCUGCAGGGACGUCUGUUUGCAUACCCUGACACUCACAGACACCGCCUGGGCCCAAAUUAUCUCCAGAUCCCUGUGAACUGCCCCUUCAGAGCCCGUGUGGCCAAUUACCAGAGGGAUGGACCAAUGACUGUUACUGACAACCAAGGUGGUGCCCCAAAUUAUUACCCCAAUAGCUUUACUGGUCCAGAAGAUCAGCCCCAGCUUAAGGAGAGCCGAACGUUCGUUUCAGGGGACGUGCAGCGCUACAACAGUGCCAAUGAGGACAAUGUGACUCAGGUACGGGAAUUCUACCUCAAAGUGCUGAAUGAGGCAGAACGCCAAAGGCUCUGUAAAAACAUUGCUGAGCACCUGAAGGAUGCACAACUCUUCAUCCAGAAACGAGCUGUGAAAAACUUCACUGACGUUCAUCCUAACUAUGGUGCCUGUGUCCAGGCUUUGCUGGACAAGUACAAUGCUGAGAGUGGGAAAAAGGAUGUGAUUAGGACAUACACACAGUCCACAUCUCGUAUGUCUGUCAAGGAAAGAUCCAACUUGUAAAACAUCCUGCAGAGAUUUGCUUUAUGAAUUUUGCAUCCCUGCAACUGCACAGGAACCAGUUGAACACGUUCAUGAAUGUAGCAGAUCUUGGCCCAAACACGGGAGUGUUCUAAGUUGUGAUUUACUGAGCUUCCAAGUGCUUUUAUCUGUAUUGGAAACCAGGUGACACGAGCUAAUGAUCCCCUCAAUAGUGCCUUUCAACACAAGUGCUUUACUGCUUGAUAUGGUGUUUUUAAAGGCAAUUCGUGGUUAGAAAUUCUCUUCUAAUCAAAAUACUGUCUAAUUUUGUUGUGUCAAACUUUCCUGGCUAAAUCACACAGUAGGAUUUCUAUAAUGACACUGUGAUUGUCCUCAUGGAUAAACUUGUAAUGUUAAAAAAUUGAUUUUGCUCAAUUAUUUCUUAUAAAAUAGUUAUCUGCAUGUAUUUGUAAAUGCAUCCUUUAAAUUUCAGUUUUGGCCUUCCAGAGGUAAAAUGUUAUGCAGUAGUUUGAGUAAAAUGUUGGUCUGUCUCAUUCCUUAUGGUAGAAAUGAAGUUAACUACAAAAUUUAAUCUGAAUAUAGGUAAAUUUUAUCCCAAUAUGUGUUUUAAGAUAAUCUUUGCUUGCUAAUGCUUGGUUGGGAUAUAACUGACAUAGGGGACAUAGGAAAGGUUAUUUUCUUAUUCCAUACACUGUCCAAGAAAUUUGAUUCCAUCUUAAAGUCCUUUCAGGCACAGGGAGGUAAAUUGUUCUUUCUAAUCUGUAAGAAAUUAAAUAGAAAAAUAGAAAAAUAUAAAUAUGCCACCUGUUUGACAGAUUAACCUCCAAAUGCACAAAUAUUUUUAACUUGACUGAAUUCAAGCUCAGGGCCUUUCAAAAUUAUUCCAAAUGGUUCCUGAAGUUCUGUUGUUUUACUGCAAUAAUCUGAUAUUGCUAUUUCUGGAUCAAGCCAUAGCUAGUUUUCAGAAUAAGACUUUAAAGUGGAAUGUUCUUGUGAAUGUAGGUAUCUAGAAAAUAUGUAUAAAGCCUGAUUUUAGGCAUGUUUAAUGUUACCUAAUAUAAUCAGUGUCCAAGCUAAAUACAGAGCAUUUCAGAGCCCAGCUACUAACACUUAACUCAGACAAAUGUGAUAAAAACAUCAAAUCAUGGCAGUUUGGAGGUGAUUUUUCAAUAUUCAGUGCACUUUUGGGUUUGUCUUGAGUUGUAUUUUGAAUAGCAUUAUUUCCUGAUUUGACAUUUAAGUGGGAAUUCCCAGAAGUGAUGGCAGAUAGAUAAAGAAAAGUACAUACUAAGUGCUGUCCCAUUAAAUUAGAAAGCUAUUAAUUAAAAUUAAGUAGAAAGCUACUUUUUCUGCAGCUCAGUGAUCUACUAAUAUAUAGUGUUAAAUUAUCUGGGAUAGAGGUGCAGUAAAAUAAUAUGAACUGAUAACCUAUUGUAUUUGGUAUUCCAUUGGAUUUUUACCUGAUCAGGCAGGUGGGAGCUGUGAAAGAGCUACGUGAUUAGGUGGGAAUAUUUCUUGCUGGAACAUUGAAUCCUAAUGAGUUUUGGAAAAGAUUAAACAAGGCCUAAUCUUCUUAAUUUUGGUUGUAUCUGCUAAGUGAAUUAUAUUGUUGUCUUUUGCUUCUGAAAUAAACCGAAUUUAAAAAUC